AUCAGACAAGGAACACCAGGUAACAUCCCGUGACUGGCGGAGGAGAGAUCUUCGAUCGAUUCGAUACUGGCCGGGAACACCUAGCCUCGUUCGCCAUGGCUCACAACGCGGCCGCCGCAGUUGAUCACGGCGAAGGCAUCCGGACGUCGUCGAGGUGCGUCACGGAGGGCGCGACACACGAUUUCGAGGUGACCAACUACCCGCUGCUCGAGGGCAUGGGCGUCGGAACGUACAUUAGCUCGAGCACGUUCACUGUCGGCGGCUACGACUGGAACGUCAGGUUCUACCCGAACGGAGACAGGAAGGACGCUGCCGGCCACGCGUCAGCCUUCUUGUGUUAUCUCAGCCCGGUCAAGGACAUGGUGAUGACAAGCUUCACCUUAAGCAUGUUGGACGAUCAAGGCAACGUACAAGCAACUGCGCAGUUAUCCGGACGCCUCCACCACGCCCUCAAGGAUGGGAAGGGCGCAGACGUCACGCUCCUCGUGGGCGGCACGGAGUUUAGCGCACAUAGGUUCAUGCUUGCCGCACAGUCCCCGGUUUUCGACACUCAGCUCUUCGGUACGAUGAUGGAUAAGAACACAUCGUGCAUGGAGAUUGUUGACAUGGAGCCGGCCAUCUUCGAGAUGCUUCUUCACUGCGUCUACACGGAUUCACUGCAAUCGUGCAGUGACGGUGAUUACGAUGCAGCCACACUGCAGCAUUUGCUAGUCGCCGCGGUCCGGUACGGGCUGGACAGGUUGAAGGUGAUGUUUGAAGGGAGGUUGUGCAAAAGCAUCGACGAGGACACCAUCAUGAGUACAUUGGCGCUAGCAAAUCAGCACUCCUGCGAGCGGCUCAAGAAUGCCUGCUUGGAGUUUUUAUUGUCAUUGCGGGAAGCCAUUGUUGCAGUCAUGAACACCGACGGACAUUAG